AUGAAAAAGAACAACCUAUUCUCUAAAAAGCAAUAUGGAUUUAUUGCAGGAAGGUCAACUGGUCUCCAAUUAUUAGAAGUGAUUGAUAAAUGGACAGAGGCACUAGAUCAAGGAUUAGACAUAGACUGCAUUUAUACAGACUUUAUGAAGGCCUUUGAUAAGGUACCACAUAAAAGAUUAAUAGCCAAAAUCAAAAAUCUAGGUGUUCAUGAAGAUAUAGUAGGGUGGAUAACGAGCUUUUUAGAAGACAGGAAACAAAAGGUCGUAGUGAAUGGUGAAGAGUCAGACUGGGCUAACGUAACUUACAUCUGGGAUACCCCAAGGAUCAGUAUUAGGACCACUCCUAUUUGUUUUAUAUAUAAAUUAUCUCCCAGACCAAGUAGAUUCUGA